AUGGUGUUCUAGACAUCUAAUAUGCUCAAUCUUUAAUUAAAUUAUAUUUAAUUUAAUUUUUAGACAAUGGCUGACCCAAAACAAUAACCCGUCCAAUAACCAAAAGGCAAAAAGGGAAAGAAAACUGGAGAAGAAACUACUUAAUAAGUUGUAGCUACUUUGGGACCAAAUGUGGCUGGAAAUGAAUUAGUAUUUGGAGUGGCUCACAUCUUAUCCACAUGGAAUGACACCUUUAUUCACAUCACCGAUUUGACAGGCAGAGAAACAUUAGCCAGAGUAACUGGUGGAAUGAAAGUUAAAUCAGACAGAGAAGAAUCAUCACCAUAUGCAGCCAUGCAAGCAGCCAAAGAUGUUUAUGAGAAGUUGAAAACACUCAAAAUUAAUGCUUUGCAUAUUAAAUUAAGAGCAAGAGGAGGUGUUGACACAAGAUAACCAGGACCAGGUGCUUAAGCAGCCUUGAGAGCAUUGGCUCGUCUUGGACUUAAAAUUGGUAGAAUUGAAGAUGUCACUCCAAUUCCCACUGACUCAACAAGAAGACCUGGAGGUAGAAGAGGAAGAAGAUUAUGAAAAAGUAAAAUACACAUACAGUAAAAUAAAUGUACAUAUUAAUUAAAAUAU